UGGUUACUUCUGGAUUUGUUGCUGCAGGAGAUCCCCACAUGUCACUCAGCUCAGUGAUUUUUGUUGGAACGCUACACCAUGGGAGAAAGAACUUGUCAAACGUGCUAAAACCCUAUCAGUAGCUGGAGGAACAGAUGCAGGAGCAGAUGUUGGUCCAGUGCUCAGCAAGGGGGUACGAACAAGUACAUGUUGUGCAUGGUCACCUGUGGUGAAAGAUGGAAUAUGUAGAUCUGUACAAACUUCAGUUGAAAGUGGUGCUAGACUUAUCCUUGAUGGAAGGGACAUCAUGGUUCCAGGAUAUGAGGGUGGGAAUUUUGUUGGCCCAACUAUCUUGAGUGACGUCACAUCUAGUAUGGAGUGUUUUAAGGAAGAUAUUUUUGGACCAGUAUUGCUAUGUACACAGGUCCACAGUUUAGAAGAUGACAUAGCCAUCAUCAACCAGCACAAGUUUGGCAAUGGAGCAUCUAUUUUUAGUACAUCUGGUAUUGCAGCAAGGAAGUUUCAGAAUAAGGUUGAAGUAGGGUUGAUUGGGAUCAAUGUUCCUGUUCCGUUUCCAUUGACAAAUUCUUCGGCUGGAUCAACAGAAUCCUUUGCAGGCAAUAUCAAUUUCCAUGGGAAAGCAGGUAUUCAUUUCUAUACACAGGUUAAAAUAGUUGCACAACAAUGGAGGGACCUAACCUCUAAAGGAAUCUUAUCAAGAAAAACCUUAACAUCUGAGGGGGAGGCAUCAAAUCAAGCUCUUCCCGUGACCGUGUCUUCAUCAUCUGAUACUGAUUCUUUCAGCCAUGAAUCCUCGGAUUCAGUCCCAAAAUCAUCACGAGAAGAAAUGACAUAUCUGAAAAGGCCAGUAAAUGGACUUUCCAUUGAAAAUGACAUGUCCUGCACUGCAACAUCGUUGUCAUUUGCUAGCACAUUUGGAAUGAAUCUACCUCAAACAUCUACAUUUACUGAGGUGUAUCUUUCCACAACUCAGGCCUUUGACAAUUUUGCCAUGGAUUUAAAUGCAGAGAGAGGAAAUUUCUCAAUGGAGUCUCACGGGAAUAAUCUAAACCCGCAGCUGGUUGUUACUUCUGAGAGUAAUUACAUGUCGAUGGUAUCGCAUGAGAUGGGACUUAUUUAUCAAUUUGAAAGAGCUUAUACAGUUGCACCUACAAUUUCUGAGCAAAUGUCUACCUACAACGAGUGUGAAGAUUGAACCAACUCCGAGGUUGUCACAUAUGCCUGUAAUGCCCCAAAAGGCUUGUGAUUUGAACCCUAUGGUUGGGGAUACAAGUCAUUAGACUCAUGACCAAGCACCAUCAUCGGUAUUACCUACAAUAGAGAGUGUGAUGAUUGAACAAGCAGAUCAGAGGCUUUCAUAUAUGCCUACAAUGUCCCAAAAGGCUUGUGAUCUAAACCCCAUGGUUGGGGAUACUAGUCAUGACCAAGCCCCAUCAUCGGUAUUGCCCACUUCUGAAAGAACAAACUUUUAGCCUUUGGCAUUCAGCUCCAUAGAUUGUGUAGAACAGGUGACCUAACAGGCUGACAUCAGAUUUUAAUGUUGAUUUCUUAACCUAGUUAUUCACAGAAAUUGAACAUUCUUCUUGGGGGAAAGGGAGAGGACUGAGCUUUGGUAACAGUUAUUAAACGCUGCUUAUCAUGUUGCGAUCUCCCAAAGUCCCAGUCUCCCACCAUUGCUGUCCGAAUACACCAUAAAUGUAUGUCAUAUCACCUUGUUUUGAUUUGAGUAAUGGUACCCACUCUUAAAUUGUCCAUUUAGCUCUAAAGUAGUAACCUAAACCAAUCAGAGUCCUAGGUUUUUUUAUCUUAGAAGACAACACGUGAGAUAUGAACAUAUAUGAUCAUUUACUCAUUGAACAUUGAACA